CGGCGUUCAGACCGCUCCGCUCAGCCGCGCAGCCACACUGCUAGUCUCGCCCGAGCCGCACUCGCCGCUAUCUCUCUCUGAAUCACGCAGUGCGCUCACACGGGCUUGGCCCGCUAGUCCGCUCGCUCGGGUCGCAUCCGCACACGGCCCGCGGUGCCCACUGACAGGUUGUCGCCGUCGACGUCUCCUCGUCUCCUCAGUGUAGUGCCCUGCCUCGGUGCGGGGCUGCGUGAAACGGCCUUGUUCGCGGUGGCCUACAAGAGGUGGCCAUGCGUCGAGAUGGUGGCGGUGGUGGCGCUGUGGUCGGCGCUCGUCCUCACGGCGCUGCCCGCGUCCUCGACCCCGUCGGCCGAGGCCGCCGUUGACGGCCCCGGCGGCCAUGGCGGCCCGCACUGGCGCUGGACGGGGGCGGGGGCCUGCCCCUACUUCUGCACCUGCUUCAAGCACGGCCACCUCCGACGAGUCGAGUGUGCCCACAAGGGGCUGGGCGGCGUGGACGUGGGGCUGCCUAGGGACACGGAGGCCGCAGACCUGAGCCACAACCUCAUCUCGUCGCUGGAGGAUGGCUGCUUCCAGGAGCUGGGGCUCGUGCAGCUGCAGGAGCUGCAUCUGCAGCACAACGCCAUCCGCGCGGUGGGGUCGUGGGCGUUCACCGGGCUGCGGCGGCUGCGCGUGCUGGACCUGUCCUACAACCACCUGCAGACGCUGUACGCCAACACGUUCGCCUCCAACCGCGGCCUCAACACGCUCGUUCUGGCCGGCAACAACCUGGCGCGGCUGCCCGCGGACCAGCCGCUGCCCGCCGCGCCGCGGCUGCAGGUCCUGGACUUGAGCGGCUGCAGGCUGGCGCACGUCGGCGCCGUCGUCCUCUCCGACAUGCCCGCGCUCGCCAACCUCAACCUGUCCGACAACUUCCUCAUCCAGCUGCAGCCACAGGCGCUGGCCGCUCAGCGGCAACUGCAGGUUCUGGACCUGACGAGGAACCCGCUGGCCUGUGACGUCAACACGCGCCAGUUCGUGAAGCAGCUCGAGGCGCGCAACAUGACAGUGCGCCACUCCUGCCCCGCCAAGGCCGCCAAGGAAGACCAAAGCCAAAUCAUCUCCAAGUCCAUGGCCAGAAUCCUGGCAGACAUUGGUGGCGCCCGGCCCCAGGACGAGGUGCGGCCGAGCUCGGACCGCGAGGACGACGUCGAGGUUGUUGGCGCGCAACCUGCACGACCGCCCGGCCGCACGCACGAGGCCAUGCUGGACAUAGCCGACUUGCCCGUUUUGGUCCCAGACGGCUUCGUCGACGGCGACCUCGUUGACUUUGACCUCGACGAGGAAGACCAGGUGUCAUCGGCGACGACCGCGAGUCCCGGCGGGCACAAAGACUGCAGAACCCUGUUCCCCGAAAGGAUCCCGAUGAACCCCGACCUGGUGCGGCAGUGGUUCGAUCACAUUCCGUCGUUCUGGGCGAGCGUCGCGGGCUGCCAGGUCGGCCUGGUGCUGGGACUGUGCCUGUCGUCCUGCCUGUGUCGCCGGUCCUUCUGGCGGGCGCUGUGCGCGUGCCCGUCGACCGGCAGACGCCUCGACGAGCACGCCCGUCUCCGCGAGCAGGGCCGCCCCGCGGGCCGCCCGGACAUCUCGGAUUGGAACCGGGCCAUCGUCGCCCUGGGGCUGGGAGCCCCGAUCCCCACUCCCGACUCGAGGGGCUCGAACGUAUCCGACGAGUCGACGCCCUGCUUGUGGAGGGACUCGUUCACGUCGCUGGAGCGCUUGCAUUUGCAGCGGCCGGAGACACCACCGCCCGCCUAUGAGGACCUCGAGCGCGGCAGGCUGCGUCGCGCGUAGCAUGACAUUCACUUCUCCCAUCUUGGUCACUUAAUUUCAAUGUGUCCCCUUAUUUAUUGCGUUAUUUAAUAAAAUGGCCCACCUUGCCGGCGCGUCAGCGUUUAUAGGUGCAAAAGAGUUCCCGUCGUCUGUCAUAUAGGCAACGCCUACUUCUGAGCGAGUUGCUGGCUGUGUGGACUAAAGAGCCGAUUGCCACGGGGAAUUUUCGGGUUCGAGUCCCGGGAGCUCGAAUCUUUUCCUGAGUUUAGUUCCCAAAUCCUGUACAAUGGGAUAAAGAUUGGGUGGCUCCAAUAAGUAGAUGUGUCAUUAUAGCUCAGAUGGCAGAGCACCACCAGAGGCACAAAAAGGACCUGGGUUCAACGCCCAGGCAAGACGAAUCUGUCCCAGAACUUGACUGAUGACACAUGUGUGUAGCAUUCGAACCCAGAUCAUGCUCGUAGAGGGCAAUGCUCUUGACGUGUCGAAUGGAUGGCUUACCUUCGCGGCGCCAGGGUUCAGAAAUGAAUAAAGCCUGAGUCUUUAA